AUGAAGAACUUCCCUGGAAAACACGUCUUCUCUGGCAAGGGCGUCUCCUCUGGCGAGGUGGGGAAGUUGAGAAACAAAUGUAGGCGUCCUGAUGGUUUAAAAUUCGAGGCCUUUUGUAAGGAUUCAACGCCUCCUGAAAGCCUUCGUCAUCCCAAGGUGAUAGUUGUUUGGAAAGCUCAAAUAGAUGCUGGUUUGAGACUCCCUCCUCCUACUCUGCUGGUUGAUGUUUGUAACUAUUUUCACAUCCCCUUUUUUCAAGUCGCUCCUUCUGCCAUUCGGAGAUUAUAUGCCUUUCAUGUUUUGUGCCGAGCUCACGGUGUUGGGGACACCGCCAAAUUGUUCUGUCAGACCCAGACCCUCCGCAUGCAGGGCAAUCCCCUGUAUAGCUUUGCUGCUCACCCGAAAUAUCCUACCACCUUCCUUUCCUCUCUGAAUUCUUUCGAUAAGGGUUUCCUGAAGCAUUAUUGUUAUGUGCGCACCCUUUUCGGCACCUGGCGCGACUAUCACAUUUCGGAACUAGAAUGGCAUACAAGUCGCACUACUUAUAAGCCAGCCUCUCCCGAAGUCCCCUCCACUCGCGACCUGAGUAUUAUAGCUCAUCUUAAUGCUAUGAAUAAGGCCCAACCUCUAGACUGUAGGUAUCUGGCCGAGAACAACUCCUCUCUGGCAUAUAAUGUUGAGAUCCCAGAGAGAAAUGUGGAAGCUUCGCGCCCCUUUGAUGCGGAGGAAGUUGAUGCGGGGGCCCUUGUUCGCAGGGGUAGACACUCCAGCGUUGGUGAUGUCACUGGCACCCGUGAAGAAGAUAUCCAAGUCGUGGAUAUUACUGAUGAGGAGAGGCAGGAGGGCCUAAAAAAGGUUGGCAAGUUCUCAGAGCCAGCGAGGAGGUCUGCUGGUGGUGUGAAGAUUCUCCCUCCUACUGGGGACAAGGGCAAAGGGCCAGCGAAGAAGUCAGCUGGUAGUUCCAAGGCUCUCCCCUCUGCCGGUGGAAAGGGUAAGGGCAAAGCUGUGGUGCCCUCGGCUGACGAACCAGAGGAUCUUGUUCCUGGGCCGAUUUCGAGUCUGACGGGGCAGAAAUUAAUUGAUGCUUUGAUAGCUCGUGUCCAUUCUCAGGAUCAGGAAAAGAUGGAGGCGCUGACGCGCGGGGCUUUGGCUACUAAGUUGUGCCAGCUGGCUCUUCAGAUGGAAUCCGGGAUCUGGGGAGCUGUCAAGUGUAUUCAUGAUUAUGAUGUGUCUGAAAAAGAGAGAGAGAAAGAGCAAGCGGACGUCGCUAAACGCGAUGAUGAUGUUGCUGGAGUUGUGGAGCGCCUAAGCAAGGCUGAAGCGGAGGUUAUUGAGUUGAAAGCUAAAUUAGCUCAGAUGGAGGUGGAGAAGGCGUCCUUGGCCUCCGAAUUGUCGAGGGCCACAAAAGAGGGCCAUGAAUGCCUGGCCAGGUUUAAAGCUGGUUAUGAAAGAGACUACGAAGAAGCCAGGCGGGGCUGGAAAAGGAUACUUGUGGAAGCUCAGAACCGUGCGUACGUCCUGGGGGCUCGAGAUCAACGCCUGGAGUACUUCUUGUCUCCGCGAGGCCAACACUUCCUGGGGGUGAUGCUGGAAGGCACUCUGGAGUCUUUCAAAAAGACUCCCGAAUACUUGGAAGAUUUCGGACCUCUUUUUGCUUAUGUGAUAGAGCAAACAGCUUCCAAGGCAUUGGAGAUGGCGGGGGCCACCCCAGAACAACUUGCCACUUUGAAUUUCAGAGCCCUGAUGGAUAACCUCCAAGACGAGGAGAUAAACAAACGGAUGGGCAUUUCUGAACACUCUCCAGAGAAGCCAGAGUGGUGGUAUCCAGUGCUAGAGAAAGCCAUUCCCUACUUUUCUCUUGGGAUUGGAUCUGACUCGCUGCCCUCUGCUCCCAUAUAUGCGCCUGCGUUCUCUGCUUCCCUGAUGAACUUUGUGAACCGGCUAUGGGAUCCCUCUGGCGAGAGCACCCGAACAUUCUCUCAGUUCGGCCUAGAGCCCCCUCUGCCCUCUGACUUAGCGGCUUCUGCCUUCACCGACUCUGUCUCUUCCUCUGCUGCGGUGGAACAGCUGUUCGACCUGUAUCAAGAUGAGGAUCUAUAUGUGCAGGAAGCUGCCAAGUUGUUGGAUUUGGGAGUGCGUCUUCCCCAACCGGUGGAGACUGGUCCGUUGCCCGUGUUCACAGAGAAGACCGUUUCUGGCCAUGCCUCUGCAAGUGGUGCCCCUUCCCCAAUUCCAUCUGCUUCUGCCCCUGUCUCCUCUGCUGUUGCCCCAGCUGUCUCUGUUCCUCCCUCUUGA